GAGCUAUGUUGCUAUUCUGAUUCUUCUCAGUAAGUAACAAAAUAAUUUAAAUUUCUGACUGAUUUUUGUCACUUCUGUCAUUUCUGAUAAUUACUUGUCAAAAAUUUGCAGAAUUUGCAAAAUAUGUAGAAUCAGUUACGUGAUAUUUUUAAUAAAUAAGUUUCUUCAAAAUGGCCCAUAAAAUACAAUAAUUCAUAACUUUUCUAUAUUAAAAUAGUGAAGAGCAGUACCAAAUAGACUGGCAACAUAUAUCUGCAAGAAUCUCGAAUUUGUAUCAAAAUAAAAAAGAAACUAAAUGAGCAGUACAUGACUACAAAUAAAAAGUCAAGUUCACCCCAGUGUAUUGGUCAUCAUUCCUACUGGUUACGUGCAAGAGGUUCAGAAUGGCAAACGAUAAUUACUCGAUUUUUACCAGUUGGAAUAUGUUUAGUAGCUGUUAUGCAGUGGAGGGCAUUCAGAAAAAGACAAAAGGAUGGAGUUGCAAGUCAAUGGGAGAUCAACUGUUAUUGUUUGCUUCCCUUGAGAACAGUAUCUAGAUGUUGGGGGUACCUUGCAGAUGUAAAACUACCCGAAGUACUGAGGCCUCCCGUAUACAAAAUGUACUCCAACGCAUUCGGUGUUAACAUCGCAGAAGCUGAAAACGAAGAUUUAACGUCUUACCCCAGUCUGGCAGAUUUUUUUGCCAGAUCUCUUAAAAGUGGUGUGAGACAAGUAGACGAGAGUAGCUGUCUUGUAUCGCCAUGUGACGGGACGGUCCUCCAUUUCGGGACUGUUGAUACAGAACAAGUUGAACAGGUGAAAGGAGUAACUUACUCAUUAAAAGACUUUUUCGGCGAGCAAACAGGAAAAGUUCAAAAAUACAAUGGAGACUUCAAGACCUCUUUAUUGCACAAACCACAUGAGGGAAAUGUAUUGUAUCAAUGCGUUAUCUACUUGGCACCUGGAGACUAUCACAGGUUUCAUUCGCCAUCUGAAUGGAAACCAACGCACCGUAGACAUUUUUCGGGACAACUACUUUCUGUGAAUCCCAGCAUUGCCAGUUGGUUACCAGGUUUAUUUACUCUCAAUGAGAGAGCCGUUUAUCUUGGACAAUGGAAAUAUGGAUUUUUCUCAUAUACUGCAGUAGGUGCUACAAACGUUGGUACUGUAAAAGUAUACUUUGACAAAACUUUACAAACAAACAAACCUUUUAAGAAACAAACAAAAGACGAAGUGUGCCUCGGUAAUUCGAUCGAACUGAAGAGGGGUGACAUAAUGGGAGAAUUCCGAAUGGGCUCAACCAUCGUUUUGAUCUUUGAAGCUCCAAAACAUUUUAGAUUUUCUAUUAUGCCAGGAGAAAAGGUUCAAAUGGGACAGCGAAUGGGUUGCGUUUUUGAACAACAGCAAAAGUUUGUAGAUAGGUUAACGAAUGAAAAAGUAGAUAUUAGAAGUGUUAGUUAAUUUUAUUUAUUAAUUUUCUCAUAGGUAUUAAAUCAUUGUGAUAUUUUUUAAUAAAGCUG